AGAAUAGAAGUUCAAUAUUUAAAAAAUUCACCUUACUAUUGAAAGGUUUGAUUCAGUUACGUUGAAAAAUAAAUAAAUAAUAAGGGUGAGUUCAGAACAAGUAAAACUUCAGGGAAAUGGAAAAUACCUGCCUGCUGUUUUUGUUCUCUUCCCAGUUUUCAGGGCCCUUAAGUUAGUUUUCCAAGAGAAGAAAAUGAUAACCAUUCCCCAUAAUCACUCUAUUUUUGUACUCUUCUCAUUUUUGCCUUUUCAUUCAAUGCAUUAAUUUCAUCUCAUAAUAAUAUAAUCAUCUUCUAUUUUUGGUUUAUUCUUUUUCCAUUCAAUACCGUUUUCACUGAAUAAAACAAAAGUAACUCACACCAAUAAAAAACCUCCAAAUGGUAAACUACAUCAAGAAAUAAGUGGACAACUUCACAUGUCAUGUGAGAUCAAAAGAAUCCCAAAUAGAAAAUGAAAACCGUUAAAACUGAGCCAUCUCUUCCUCCUUUUGCUCUCUCAUCAAAACCAAACUUCCAUUCUUCUGCUUCAACUUCAAGCUGCCUGGACGUUUUAUUUGACCACAUGCAUAAUAUAUACUGAUCACUCACUGCUUGUUUUCCAUUCUGAGGAGCUUUGGAAAAGCUCAAGUGAUCUCUAAUGGCAGGGAGAGUUUCAAAGAAGAAGAAGGGGGUGGCUGAUGCUGCCGAUGCUCUCUCGUGGAGGCAAAAGAAGGCGUUAGCCGAUGUCGAGGAGGCGGCGGUUACCGGGGAAGUGGAGGAGCUCAUCUCAUGGGUAGACAUGAAACUCACUAACACUACAAUGGCAGAAAACAAGGAUGAUGGUGAGUUGAAGAGGCACUUGUUGAGUAGAGCUGAGGUUUUGCAUGGAACUGGGAGCGGAGAAGGUGCAAGUGGGAAAAAGGGGCAAAAGAACUUAAAGACAAGGUUAACUUCAGCUUCAACUUCAUCUUCUCAAGGGGUUAUGGCUUCUAUAUGGAAGUUUCACAUGGAGGAUGAUGAAGAACCUUCUUUAGCAUUGCCAACUUAACAAGAACUCUCUCUCUCUCUCUCUCUCUCUGUGUGUGUGUGUGUGUGUGUGUGUGUGUGUGUGUCUCUCUCUCUCUCUCUCUCUCUCUCUCUCUAUAUGUUUUAUAUGUUGAAGAAGUUAGAUCAAAAGAAAGAGCAGUUCAUGUUGGAUUAACAUGAAAAUGUUGUUAGACAAUAUAUAUUUGGUGACUGGCAUACUAAUUAUGGU